AUGGUUGCAUUUCCACGUCCCUCUGUAUGCCUUUUAUAUUGGACUCGACAACCGAUAUCCAAAAGCGUAUUCUUGCAAUCUCAAAGACGGUUGUUAUCCUUUACACUUUCUAGACAUAAUGAUAGUCAUCUCAAUGACGAUAAAAAUAGGAAAAAGCUGAAGAACGUGUUCCAAACCAAUAGUAAUAAAGCAGUACGGAAACAAAAAACCAAAGAAGACCUGGCAAGAGAAAGGUUCGAAGAACAAUUGAAGUCGUCCAAUAGAUUUGUCAGAUGGGGUGCUAUUGCAAGAUCUGAAAAGUUCUCGAAAGGGAUGACUAAGUACAUGAUUGGUGCCUAUGUCGUCUUUUUAAUUUAUGGUCUUUUCUUUACAAAGAAGUUAUUUGCCAGAGAUAAAGAGCUGGAAAGAUUGUUGAAGAAGCAAGAGGAGGGAAAUAUUAACGAAUAUGAAACGUUAAGAAUUAAAGAAUUAAGGGGCAAGCUAAGAAGAAGAGAUGAACUGAAGUUAGAAGAGUACGAAAAGAUGCGAGAGGAAGGUGUUGAAAACUUUGAUGAUGUGUAUGUACAGAGUUUUGAUCAGAACAAAUUAAACGAACAAAUAUUGCCAGCUAGAGAUACGACAAACUUUUAUCAAGGGAAAGCUAGUGAAUAUGAUAAAGCAAUCAAUAUGGAAGAGAAGGUAAUAUUUCUUGGUAAAAGAAGGAAAUGGUUAAUGAAACAUUGCCAAGGUGACGUUUUAGAAGUGUCUUGUGGGACUGGCAGAAACAUCAAGUAUCUUGAUAUGUCUCACAUCAACUCGAUCACCUUUUUAGACUCAUCUGAAAAUAUGAUGGACAUCACGCAUAAGAAGUUUAGGAACAAGUUCCCGAAAUACAAAAAGGCUGCCUUUGUUGUUGGGAAAGCGGAAAAUCUCGUAGAUUUAGCAACGAAAGGUAAGUCCCCUCAAGAGAAUGAAACCUCAAAGCAAGUCAAAUACGAUACAAUUGUGGAGGCCUUCGGCUUGUGUUCCCACGAGGAUCCUGUAAAGGCGUUGAAUAAUUUCAGCAAAUUAUUGAAACCAGAUGGGAGGGUUAUUUUACUGGAGCACGGUAGGGGCCAAUACGAUUUUGUGAAUAAAAUGUUAGACAAUAGAGCCGAAAAAAGGUUGAAUUCUUGGGGCUGUAGAUGGAACCUUGAUUUAGGAGAAGUAUUGGAUGAUUCUGAUCUAGAGUUGGUGGAAGAAAAACGGACGCACUUGGGUACCACUUGGUGUAUUGUUGCUAAAAGAAAGGGAGAUGUGAAAAAGAAAAGUGAACUUGGGUUUGUGGAGAAAUACCUACAGUCGAGUAUAAGAAAGAGAAUGGAGUCAUUUGAAGGGGAUAAUGGCACAGAGUCUAAACAGCAGCAUGAACCGGUUUCUUCUAUUAAUAAAAACUAG